CCUCCCCGUCUCUCUCUCGCUUUUUCUGUCUUGUUUAUAUUUAUAUAUAUCCGCCCCUCCGAUUUCUUCGUUUCUCUCUCGGCCUCUGCUCGACAGACCCCCCUCCUCCCGUUCUGCGGCGGCCGCCGGCGAUCCCCGAUCGGCGACACUCAGGUUCAAAUUCUGUCCAUCAAUGUUGCACUGUAGCAGUAGACAAUCUUGCCUAUUUGUGUCUACUUGAUCAUUCGAGUGCCCUUACAGCUAACUUUUCUAGUUUAGCUGUACAUAUCUGACCAAAGAGGCCAACCUAGCAACAAUGUCAUCGCUUCAGUUACUGCAGCUAACAGAACGCGGGCGCAACCUUUUGUCUUCAAGAAGGAGAACACUUGCAGUUGUUUCUGGUGCACUACUUGCUGGCGGAACUUUAGCAUAUACCCAGUCAGGCCGAUGGAAUAAACAACAGAAAGAAAAUGCUUGCAGCGAUGGAAAUGCACAUACCGGGACUAAAGACAGAAAUGGUCAAAAUGGUAUUGAUGGUAAAUUGGUUAAACCAAGGAAAAAGAAAAGUGGAUUGAAGUCCUUACAUUUUCUGGCCGCCAUCUUACUUAAGAAGAUUGGUCCGAAUGGAUCAAAUUACCUUCUUGGCUUGAUAAUAACAGCAGUCUUGCGUACAGCUGUUGGCCACAGAUUAGCAAAAGUACAAGGGUAUUUGUUCAGAGCUGCAUUCCUUCGGCGAGUUCCAACCUUUACACAUCUGAUUAUUGAAAAUCUUCUUCUAUGCUUUCUCCAAUCCACAAUAUAUCAGACGUCAAAGUACUUGACAGGGUCAUUAGGCUUGCGCUUCAAGAAAAUUUUGACGGAUCUUGUCCAUGCUGAUUAUUUUGAGAACAUGGUGUACUACAAGAUCUCGCAUGUUGAUCAUCGGAUCUCAAACCCAGAGCAAAGAAUUGCAAGUGAUAUACCAAAGUUCUGCUCGGAACUAAGUGACCUUGUACAAGAUGAUCUGGCAGCAAUUGCAGAAGCGUUAAUAUAUAUCUGGCGCCUCUGCUCUUAUGCAAGUCCGAAAUAUGUAUUGUGGAUUCUGGCAUAUGUUAUAGGUGCUGGUGGUACAAUUAGAAAAUUUUCUCCUGCUUUUGGUAAGCUGAAGUCUAUGGAACAACAGCUAGAGGGGGAAUAUCGCCAGGUCCAUUCACGAUUGAGAACACAUGCCGAGAGUGUGGCAUUUUAUGGUGGUGAAAACAGAGAAGCAUCGCAUAUUAUGCAGCGGUUUGGGGCACUUGUUAAGCACUUGAAUGUUGUUCUCCAUGAAAACUGGUGGUUUGGCAUGAUUCAAGAUUUUCUUCUGAAGUAUCUUGGUGCCACUGUGGGAGUUAUCCUAAUUAUCGAACCUUUCUUUGCGGGGAAUCUUAGACCUGAAUCAUCCACCUUAGGACGGGCAGAGAUGUUGAGCAAUCUCCGAUACCACACCAGUGUGAUAAUAUCACUAUUUCAGUCUCUUGGGACCCUUUCUAUCAGUUCAAGGCGCUUAAAUAUUCUCAGUGGCUAUGCUAAUCGUAUUCAUGAGUUACUGGAGGUCUCCCGUGAGCUAUCUGGUGUUCGUGAUAGAUUGAUGACUCAAAAUUCUUCUGCUGCAAAUUAUAUCAGCGAGGCAAAUUAUAUAGAGUUUUCAGGUGUUAAGGUGGUGACACCCUCUGGGAAUGUUUUGGUUGAUGAUUUGACGCUCCGAUUGGAGUCAGGCUCUAACCUGUUGAUCACAGGCCCCAAUGGUAGUGGAAAAAGCUCCCUAUUCCGUGUUCUUGGUGGUCUGUGGCCGCUGGUAUCUGGUCAUAUUGUCAAACCUGGUGUUGGUUCUAAUCUCAACAAGGAAAUAUUUUAUGUGCCCCAGAGACCAUAUACAGCUGUUGGAACACUUCGUGACCAGUUGAUCUAUCCGCUUACAGCAGACCAGGAAACUGAACCACUCAACUAUAGUGGCAUGGUGGAUCUUCUAAAGAAUGUUGAUCUAGAAUACUUGCUAGAACGCUAUCCUCUUGAUAAGGAAGUUAACUGGGGUGAUGAAUUGUCUCUUGGCGAGCAGCAAAGAUUAGGAAUGGCUAGACUGUUCUAUCAUAAACCCAAGUUUGCUAUCCUGGAUGAAUGCACUAGUGCUGUGACAAUUGAUAUGGAAGAACGUUUCUGCAAAAGGGUUCGAGCAAUGGGCACAUCAUGCAUAACAAUAUCUCACCGUCCAGCAUUAGUUGCAUUUCAUGAAAUUGUUUUAUCCUUGGAUGGUGAAGGAGGGUGGAAUGUGCAGGACAACAGAAAUGGUUCAUCCUUCUCCCCUGAAGUAGAGGUUGAUGUGUUGAAGUCAUCAGAAACUGAUCGCAAAUCUGAUGCACUUACUGUUCAAAGGGCUUUUGUCACCAGCACAAAGGGCAAUGCAUCAUCAAAGCUCAAGAAGCAGUCCUAUUCAACAGAGGUGAUAGCAUCUUCCCCUAGUAUGGAGAUAGAACAUACAGUACAAGCACCUAUCGUAACACAAUUGAAAUGCUCUCCAAGACCUUUGCCUGUCAGAGUUGCUGCAAUGUCUCAAAUACUGGUUCCAAAGCUGUUUGAUAAACAAGGAGGGCAGCUACUUGCAGUGGCAGUACUAGUAUUUUCCCGUACUUGGAUUUCGGAUCGUAUAGCUUCACUGAAUGGAACAAGUGUCAAGUAUGUCUUGGAGCAGGACAAAGCUGCCUUCAUUCGUUUGACUGGCAUAAGUGUGCUGCAAAGUGCCGCAAAUUCUAUCGUGUCACCCUCACUAAGAAAUCUUACUUCAAGAAUUGCCCUUGGAUGGCGGAUUCGCAUGACCAACCAUCUACUUCAAUAUUAUUUGAAAAGAAAUGCUUUUUACAAGGUAUUCAACAUUUCGGGCAUGAAUAUGGAUGCAGACCAAAGAAUAACACAUGAUGUAGAGAAGUUGACCAAUGAUCUUGCUGGCUUGGUUACUGGAAUGGUGAAGCCACUAGUUGACAUUCUUUGGUUUACAUGGAGAAUGAAGCUUUUGUCUGGGCGAAGAGGAGUUGCUAUACUAUAUGCUUACAUGUUCCUAGGUCUUGGUUUUCUAAGAGCUGUGUCCCCUGACUUCGGUGAUCUUGCAAACCAAGAACAAGAACUUGAAGGCACAUUCAGAUUCAUGCACUCAAGAUUGCGGACACAUGCUGAGUCAAUAGCUUUCUUUGGUGGUGGAUCAAGGGAAAAAGCUAUGAUUGAUGCUAAAUUCACAACAUGGCUCAACCACUCAAAGGUUCUAUUGAGAAAAAAGUGGCUUUACGGUAUUUUUGAUGAUUUCGUGACGAAACAACUACCUCAUAAUGUGACAUGGGGGCUUAGUUUGUUAUAUGCUUUGGAGCACAAGGGAGACCGAGCUUUGACUUCAACCCAAGGAGAGCUGGCACAUGCCCUGCGGUUCUUGGCGUCUGUGGUGUCACAAAGCUUCAUAGCAUUUGGUGAUAUUCUUGAAUUGCACAAGAAGUUCCUUGAACUUUCUGGUGGUAUUAACAGAAUAUUUGAGCUUGAGGAGCUUCUUCAGGCAGCACAAAGCAAUCCUGCUGUGCCUUCUGAUGCUAUUAAGGCCGCCUCCGAAGAAAUCAUCUCCUUCCGUAAUGUGGAUAUUGUAACACCAUCACAGAAGCUAUUGGCUAGCCAAUUGUCUUGUGAUGUAUCUCAAGGAAAAAGCCUUCUUGUGACCGGUCCAAAUGGUAGUGGAAAGAGUUCCAUUUUUAGGGUGCUCCGAGGUUUGUGGCCCAUUGCUUCUGGUAGACUUACCAAGCCAUCCGAAGGAAUUUUUAAUGUCCCUCAACGUCCAUAUACUUGUCUUGGAACCUUGAGGGAUCAGAUCAUAUACCCUCUCUCACGGGAGGAGGCAGAGUUGAAGAUGCUUUCACACGAAACAAGUGACAAGUCUGCAGCUUCCAAGAUGUUGGAUGAUCACCUGAAGAUGAUUCUAGAGAAUGUUCGCUUGGUGUAUCUUCUAGAAAGAGAAGGUUGGGAUGCUACUCCUAACUGGGAAGAUAUCCUAUCCUUGGGGGAACAGCAGAGGCUGGGGAUGGCUCGUUUAUUCUUUCACUGUCCUAAAUACGGCAUCCUUGACGAGUGCACUAAUGCCACAAGUGUGGAUGUUGAGGAGCAUUUGUACAGGUUAGCAACCAACAUGGGCAUAACAGUCAUCACAUCCUCACAAGUAACCCCUCGCAGUUUAUAUCUUUCUAGUUCAUAUCUGAGAUAUGUUUGGGGGUUGAUGGAUGCUGAAGCUUUCUGGGCUUCGUCUCUUCGGCAGGGUCCUUCGGCGUGCAUCGGCUUCUUCGUUAACUCCGGCUCCGUUUACGAGUCCGGGGAGACCACCGGCGUGUCGUACAUGCUGGAGAAGAUGGCCUUCAAGGGCACCAACCACCGGAGGCACCGCAACCUCGUGCACGAGCUCGAGCUUGCUGGAGGCAAUGUCGGUGCCUCCUAUUCCAGGGAGCAGAUGGUCUACAGCUAUGACACGCUCAAGGGCUACAUGCCAGAGGCUAUUGAGAUACUCAUCGACUGCAUGCGCAACCCGCUCUUCCUCCAGGAAGAAGUCGAGCGCCAGUUGGUCCUUGCUCGAGAGGAAGUCCAGGACCUGCACAAGAAUCCUGAGAAGUUUCUUCAUGAACAGCUUAACCUUGUUGGAUUUUCAGGUGCACUUGCAAAUCCGCUAAUACCUCCUGAGGAUGCUCUUUCGAGAAUCAAUGACAAGAUUAUUCAAAAGUUUUAUCAUGAAAACUAUACCGCUGAUCGUGUGGUUCUAGCAGCAUCUGGUGUUGAUCAUGAACAAUUGCUAAACUAUGCUGAAUUUUUGUUGCGUGAUUGGCACAAGGGGUCACCUGUGGAAAAACCAAAGUCUACAUACGUGGGUGGUGAUUCCAGAUACAGAGCAGAUUCAGAUAUGACGCAUGUUGCAUUAGCUUUUGAAGUGCCAGGUGGCUGGCUUCAAGAAAGAGAUGCUACAAUUAUGACCAUCAUACAGACUUUAAUGGGUGGUGGUGGUUCAUUCUCCUCUGGCGGUCCUGGGAAAGGGAUGCAUUCACGGCUCUAUCUACGGGUCCUCAAUAAAUAUCAUGCUGUCCAAUCUUUUUCAGCAUUUAGUAAUGUAUAUGACAAUACUGGCCUCUUUGGCAUCUACUUGACCACGUCAUCAGAUUUUGUUGCAAAGGCUGUUGAUGUUGCAAUAAGUGAAUUGAUUGCUGUUGCAACACCUGGAGAAGUGACAGAGGUUGAACUGCAACGAGCGAAAAACUCAACAAUUUCAUCCGUAUUAAUGAAUCUCGAAUCCAGGGUAAUUGUUGCAGAAGAUAUUGGAAGGCAGCUGUUGACUUAUGGUUGCAGGAAGCCUAUUGAUUACUUCCUUCAGUGUAUGGAAGAAAUUACUCUAGAUGAUAUCACAACAUUUGCCAGGAAGAUGUUAUCUUCGCAACCCACAACGGUUAGCUGGGGAGAUGUUGACAAAGUUCCUCCGUACGAAUUUGUUUGCAAGCGGUUCCGGUAGUACCCCUACACAAUGAUCUCUGAUGGACUUGAAGAAUGCUCUGGUGGAGUUUUUUGUUUUGAUGUUGUACUGGACCCCUGGCUCAGAAACUGUUUUCUUUCAGAAGUGCAAAUCAUUGUAGUUAGGAUUUUAGCAGCUACGUUCAAUUGUAAUUGUCCAAACAGCACACACAGAUGAAAUGAGCUGAGGUUGACAGAAAUGGAAAUUUGUACAGUUCAUUUGCGGAAAUUAGUCAUUCCUCCA